UCGGGGCGUCGGGGGCGUGUCCGAGGCCAGAAGCCCAGAGGCGGAAAAGGGUCGGCGUUUGCAAAGGCCGUGGGUCGCACAGCACCGAGGGCGGCUCUGCGGCCGGGGUCGUGGUACAGAGCUGGCCGGGACGUGUGUGCGGCUGGCAGGCGGGGGACGCAAGGCCUGGGCGGGGCGUUUGGCGCCUCUGUCCUUUGACAGCUGAGCCUCCCGAGGAUCUGGGCAGGAUGAAGCCUCGGGCACCUCGCAGCGUCCUCCUCAGCUCCUUCUGCCUGGCCAUUUUCUGGCUGUGCAGCACGGGCGCCCUCUGGAGGAGUGGCAACCAAGAGUGGAGAAAACUAAUUAUGGUUCAACACUGGCCUAUAACAGUGUGCAAGGAAGUUGGAAACAACUGUACAAGCCCUCCAGAUUACUGGACAAUACAUGGAUUAUGGCCUGAUAGAGCUGAAGAAUGUAACAGAUCGUGGCACUUUGACCUAGAGGAGAUUAAGGACCUUUUGCCAGACAUGAAGAUAUAUUGGCCCGAUGUGAUCCAUCCACUCAGUCUCAGCCAUUUCUGGAAGCACGAGUGGGAGAAGCACGGGACCUGUGCCGCCCAGUUGGAUGCCCUCAAUUCCCAGAAGAGGUACUUCGGCGCAAGCCUGGAUCUGUACCACGGGCUCGCGCUCAACAGCAUGCUCCAAAAAUUGGGGAUUAAACCAUCUACCAGUUAUUACCAGAUUUCAAAUAUUAAAGAUGCUCUUGCCAGUGUGUACAGAGUCAUACCUAAACUCCAGUGUCUUCCCCCAAAACAGGGGGAGGAGGUGCAAACGCUUGGUCAGAUAGAGCUGUGCUUCACUAAGGACCUGCAGCUGGAGAACUGUUUGGAGCCUGAGGGUCCCACGGAGCCCAGGGUGCUGUUGCCUGGUGGGCAGGGCGCCUUGUGGGCCCGAGCCGCUGCUGUGCAGGGCCCAGGGCUGGAGGUCUGCAAGGACGGCUUCGCCUUCUACCCCCCACCCGAAGAGACCCCUCACUGAUGCCCACAUCUGGGGAACAUUCUGUGUUCUGGAAAGAAAAGAAAGCCACCAACCACUGCUUUUCAAAAAGCAGCCCCAAAGAAUAAUCUCAUGUUCA